AUGCAGCCCUGGCCCCUCACAUUUCUUGUCUGUCUCUUUCUCAGCUUUCUCCUGCCAGGCAAGGGGAAUCACUUCACUAUCAAUUGUUCAGGAUUUGAUCACCAAGGGGUGGACCCCACUGUCUUUGCAUCUGUGAUUGUGAGAAAGGACUUUCGUCCAGUUCUCAACUACAGCGUCCCUAUGCAGGUCAACAUCUCCUUUACUAUCUCCUCCAUCUUGGAUGUGGAUGAGCAGCUGCAGCUUCUGACGUCCUUCCUGUGGUUGGAUAUGGUCUGGGACAAUGCCUUCAUCAGCUGGAACCCAGAGGAGUGUGGGGGCCUUCGGAAAAUCUCUAUAACAGCUCAGAACCUGUGGCUCCCAGACAUCUUCAUCAUAGAGUCUGUAGAUGUGGAUCAGACUCCAACAGGUCUCACUGCAUAUGUGAGUAAUGAAGGUCGCGUCAAGUAUAAGAAACCAAUGAAGGUGACCAGCAUCUGCAACCUGGACAUCUUCCGCUUCCCCUUUGACAAGCAGAACUGCACUCUGACCUUUAGCUCCUUUCUUUUCACGGUGGAUGAUAUGCUGUUGGGCAUGGAAAAAGAACUGUGGGAGAUUGUAGACACAUCGCACAAUCUUAUCAAGACCCAAGGGGAGUGGGAACUCCUGGGAAUCAGCAAAGCGACCCCAAAGCUGGCAGUGGGGUCCAACCUUUAUGACCAGAUCAUGUUUCACGUGGCUAUUAAACGCCGACCUGGCCUCUAUGUAAUAAACCUGCUGUUGCCCAGUGGAUUUCUGAUAGCCAUCGAUGCUCUGAGCUUCCUUCUGCCAGCUGAAAGUGGGAACCGGGCCCCAUUCAAGAUGACCCUUCUGCUGGGAUACACUGUCUUCCUACUCAUGAUGAAUGACUUGCUUCCUGCCAGUGGCAUCCCACUGAUAAGCAUAUACUUUGCUGUGUGUCUGACCCUGAUGGUAACCAGUCUGCUGGAGUCCGUCCUCCUCACCUAUCUCCUGCACACGGUCACCACCCAGCCCCCUCCCAUGCCCGACUGGCUCUACUCCCUCGUGCUGAGAUGUGUCCGAGCCACAGAAUGCUGCCCCAAGAGGUCGCAGACAGAGAACGGGGGCCCCGCCCCCAGCGCCGCCCGCCCGCCAGGUCUAAGGGGCCCGGGGGCGGAGGCAGGCCCAGGGAAGGCGGAGCCGAAUGGUGACCCACAAGCCACGUGGGCAGAGCCUCAGAGGCCCAGGCCCCCGGACGUGUGGGUGAAGUUCAGCCUCGCUCUGGACACGCUGCUCUUUUGGCUUUAUCUGUCCUUCAUGGCCUCCUCCUUAAUCACCGUCAUUGUCCUCUGGAGAACCUAGAAAGGGGCUUCUCCCGCCCCCGGCGUCUUCCAACGGCAGCCAGCGGGCCCACCCCUAACAACCUCCCAAGCCCCUGCCUCCCCCCCGCCGGCUCCUAUCGGAGGAAGACUUCUGCCCUCUCCCCGCGAGGCUGCCGGG